AAGAAAGACAUAGGGUGACAAUUAUAUUGAUGGGGAUAGUCUCGACCGCCAUGGAUUGGUCCUCACACGGCUUUGAACGCAGGGAGCUUCCCCUCCGCCGUAACGCCCCUGCAAUCGGCGGCUUCAAGUUAAAAUUUGACGCCUCCUCCACGGAACUAACCCUAGAUCGCGAUUCCAUUGAUUUUACCGUCUCUUGAUUCCGCCGGAGCUCUACUUCCGGCUCUCGGCGAACUAAAAUCCGAGAUUCAGAUCAUCCGCUUAUCCUCAUUUCCCGUUUUAGUCGAGGACACUUUUCUGCUUGCAUUCAGUCUUGCUUCACAGUAUCGAGACUUGAGAUAGUAGCUAGACUGUUGAGGUAUAUGGACGGUAAGCAGAGCCGAUGAAUGAUGAGGACGAGAUGUAUUAUUGUUUUAGCCUUUUGUGCGGCUUUGUUUGUUUAUUCCUUCCCGAGGGAAUCGGGAGAUAACCUGGGAUUACUAGUAAGAUCACGGGAUUUGGAUCUGGCGCCUUUGUCGGAUGCUCAUGAAGACAUGAUGGAGCAAAUAUGGUCAAAUUGCAAGCUGGAUUUGUUUGGAACAAAUUCUAUUAUGGGAGUUGUGAAUGAAUAUAUAGCAGACCAAAAUGCUGGCGAUUCUACUAAAUUUGAUCUCAAGAAAUUGCCUUUUCUAAGGGCAAAUUUACAGAAUGCCAUUAUUAAACUUCCUAGUGACAUAAGAUACCCUCUUAUUGAUUGUUUGAUGGACCAAAUUCUACUUUUUCCAAGAAAUAGAUAUUCCAGGCGUCCAGCCAGAUUAUUUGAUCAAAGUACUCUUUCAAUAAAGCAUCUCGCAGGUCAAUCAGUUAAUAACUUGUUUUCCUCCGUAUUUCCUGCUGCGGUUUUGACACCACUUCGCCGUAACCUAGUUUCAGAAACAAACUUGGUCACCCUUGGUGGACUCAAUAGUAAUACGUUACAACCUUCUAGUGAAGCUCCUGCACCAGAAAAUGAUCCUGAGAAUUUAUCUCCAGCUCCGAUAUCUGGUGGUUAUCUUGCUCCAGAAGAUAAUAAUCCAAGUCCUAAACAUGCCGUUGCACCAUCAGAACAGAAAAGCAACAACACAAAAACAAUCAUUAUUGCUGUGGUUGUAACUGCGACAGUUACUCUAACUCUUGCUGCACUCUGCUUUUGCUGCUUCUAUAGAUAUCUCAGAAACAAAUAUCAGUUUGAUAAUGGGCAAAGGGAUGAAAGGCCGCUUUUAUCCUUAAGUGAUAUUUCUGUUUCCUCACACAUGGCUUUUGGUCAAGCUAAUUCAUUCCACAAUGAUAAGAAUGGUUCCUUGCCUUUAAAGGCUGAUCCAAACAGAAAUGUUCAGGCUUUACCUUUAGAUAGCCUGAGUAACUCUCAGUUAGAUGCAGCAUAUUCCAUAGUUUCCAGUACAGUUGACCCCACCAAAGCCCCUAAUCAUGCUACUGAACCAGCUCCUCCACCUCUACCAACCAUGAAGGGUCCUCCUGUUUCAAUGGUUUCUACCAUUCCUCCUGCUCCCCCUCCUUCGCUUACAAACCCAAUGCCACCACCUGCACCGCCAGUAGGUGGACCUCCACCUCCGAAAGGUGGGCCUCCAUUACCAAAACACACUCCACCCCCAAAAGGUGGUCCACCACUGCCAAAAGUUGGUCCUCCUCGCCCACCACAAGCAAGCUCAAGUUCCUCCACAGUUCCCCUUGCCACAUCACGUAUUUCGGCAAAUACUUUUGAUAGUGAUGGUUCCAAGACUAAGCUGAAACCAUUUUUCUGGGAUAAAGUAAUGACAAAUCCUGAUCAAUCAAUGGUCUGGCAUAGGAUUAAGUCGGGCUCAUUUCAUUUUAAUGAGGAGAUGAUUGAAUCAUUGUUUGGAUACAAUGCUGCUGAUAAAAGCUGGAAUGAUGCCAAAAAGGAUAUGGUAAGUGAUCCUUCUGCCCGCCGCAUUCAAAUUUUAGAUCCAAAGAAAUCCCAGAAUUUGGCAAUUUCUCUGAGGGCCUGGAAUGUAAAAGUAGAAGAAGUUUGUGAUGCAUUAAUGGAAGGAAAUGAGCUUCCAGUUGACCUGCUCCAAGCAUUGUUGAGAAUGGCACCAACGUCUGAUGAAGAACUGAAGCUUAAGCUGUUUAAUGAUAACACAGCCUUACUUGGACCUGCAGAACAAUUCCUGAAAGCUAUAGUAAAUAUUCCUUUUGCUUUCAAAAGAAUGGAUGCAUUGCUAUUAAUGACUACUCUACAAGAGGAAUCCACAUUUGUGAAGGAAUCUUUAUCAACUAUUGAGGAAGCCUGUAAGGAGCUCAGAAAUAGCCGUUUAUUUUUGAAACUACUUGAGGCAGUUCUUAAAACUGGUAACCGUAUGAAUGAUGGUACCUUUCGUGGAGGAGCACAAGCAUUUAAGCUCGACACACUUUUAAAGCUAUCCGAUGUUAAGGGUGCCGAUGGGAAGACCACUCUCCUUCAUUUUGUUGUUCAAGAGAUUAUCCGAUCCGAAGGGAGACGUGCUGUUCACAUUGCCAGAGAAAAUAGGAGUAACUCGAACAUUUCCAUCUCUAGCUCUAAUUCCAAAGAAUUAUCCGAAGAGCUUCCUGAACAAUCCGAAGAUCUGUACCGAACCCUCGGCCUUAAGGCCGUUUCAUGUAUGAGCAGCGAACUUGAGAAUGUAAAAAAUGCGGCUGGAUUGGAUGCGGAUGCCCUAACCAUUACAGUGGCAGGUCUGGGUCACAGAUUGGUGAAAACGAAGGAGUUCUUAAACACUGAUAUGAGAAACUUGAUGGAGGAAAGUAGUUUCCAUGACUCUCUUAAAGCUUUUGUUGAACAUGCCGAGGCUGACAUUACGUACCUGUUGGAAGAAGAAAAGAGAGUAAGAUUAUUGGUGAAGAACACCACUGAUUACUUUCAUGGAAGUGCGGGGAGAGAUGAGGGGUUAAGAUUGUUUGUCAUUGUGCGGGACUUUAUGGGUAUGGUGGACAAGGCUUGCAAAGUGGUCAGAGAAACUCCCAAAAAAGUGAUAAAAAGACUAGAAAAUAAGGACAAUCCAACAUUACAACCAAUUCCGGAACCACGACGAAUGCUAUUUCCAACAAUUAAGGAACAACAUAUGGAUGAUUUCAGUUCAGACGAGGAGGGAUCCUAACUGUUAAUAUCAAUAGGUAGCGGCUCGGCAAAUCUUAUGUUGUAAAUUUUGUGGAAACUGAUUCAGCUUAUGGUGUACAUAGGAUGCUGGAAAUCUUUGGGCAAUAAGUUUCUGAUGAAUGGAGCUCAAAUGUUUGGAUGGAUGAAUUUUUACAGCCUCUAUUUGUUGUUAUUGAGUCAUAAGAAUAUAGGUAGGCGUAGAAUUAACUGCUGAUACUGACUGUAGCCUAUUUGUAAGAGGCUGCCAGUCUCUCCCAUUAGAAACUUGAGGAUUUGGAUUAUUUUUUUGGUUUGAAAUUUUGUUAGGUAAAUAGUGUAAUGAAAUUAGCUAGAAUUUUUGUUAGAUAAAAUGUCUA